AUGAUGGUUAUUGCAGAUGGAAAGGUCGGAAAUGCCCUACAGCCGUUGUUGGAAGUGAAUCCUGAAUCCAAUCUGGUGCAACUAUGGAGUGGAUGGGAAAUCCAAUUGAUGAUUCUUUUGAGUCUAUUCCUUCAGCUCUUUCUCUUCUUCACUGGAGGCCUCCGACGCCGUAGAACCAACAAAUUGAUACUGAUAUUCAUUUGGCUGGCCUAUGUGGGAGCAGACCUAGUUGCUGUUUAUGCCCUUGGUCUCCUCUCUCGAUAUGAAUACAAAUCCAAAAUUGGAAGUGACUCCUUGACAGUCAUCUGGGUUCCAUUUCUCCUUGUUCAUCUUGGUGGGCAAGAUACCAUCACUGCCUUCUCUAUCGAAGACAACAAUCUAUGGCUAAGACACCUAUUGAAUCUCGUUGUUCAGGUCAGUCUAGCCUUGUAUGCCUUCUGCAAUUCAUUUGGUCAGAUCAGUUUGCAGCUAGUAGUUCCUGCAAUUUUCAUAUUUGUUGCUGGUAUAAUCAAGUAUGGGGAGAGGACAUGGGCACUCAAGUGCGGGAGCAUAGAUGGCCUUCAAAGCUCAGCUGGUGGUUACAAAGACAAAGAACAGGAAGAGCAAAAGGAUAAUAAAUAUGGAAGCUAUCUUAGCAAGGUAUUCUAUGCUCAUCAAAUGGUGCUAUAUGCUCGAGGAUUAUUUGCGGGGGUCACGGUCUCACAACUUGGCCAAAAAGUAAGAAAGGAACUAACACAUGGUAUAAGAAGGUGUGAAAAAUAUGUGAAAGCAAAGAUAAUAGAGCUGGAGCUUAGCAUGAUGUAUGACAUCCUCUACACCAAGGCAAUGAUACUCCAGACAUGGAUCGGUUGCAUACUACGGUGUAUUUCCCACAUCGCUAUGGUUGUUGCAUUUGUGCUAUUCCUAGUAACCCCAAAGCAUGGCCAUAGAAUGGCUGAUGUUGCAAUCACCUACACACUAUUUGCUGGUGCCCUUCUUAUGGAAGCAUGUGCCAUUGGUGUGGUAGUGGCAUCUCCACUAACAUGGGCACGUUGGAGAAGGCACAAUUAUGUUAAUUUGCUUGCUAUUGGGAAGAUCAUUGGAGCAAAGGAGGAGAGGUCAGUUGUGCCAAUUUCUUUGGGGCAAUUUAGCCUAGCAACAUGUGCUUUACAUGAUGGGUCCACACCCAGGAUAAUGUCCAAUGCGUUGUAUGCAUUUGGCUUGGAGAAGAUCUAUAGAGAUGUACGUCAUGUGAAACACGUUGAGGCCACUGAGAUUGUUGGUUGUUUUGUGGAUUGUUUCAAUAAUAGACCAUCCAAUAAUGAUCAGGAUGAGGUAAUUAUGGGGGUCUCUAAAGAAGGGAAUGUGGAUGUCAGGUUGAACUUGUUGAGCAUAUCUCAGCGUUUUGAGGUCGGCAUCAUUCAACUGCAUUUGUUCACAGAUAUUUAUACAACUUCAGUACUAUUACUUGAACCAGGCAUCUGGGAAGAAAAGACAGGCAUUGUAUGGGAAUGUGUGAUGCUAUCAAACUAUAUGAUGUACCUCCUGUUAGCACACCCCUCCAUGUUGCCUGUUAGCAGUGAUUACGCUGUGAUGGAACAUUUGAACUAUAUGGCUAAAUUAGUGGACAUGUACAAAUAUGCUGGUGGCAAGCUGGAUCCUCACGCAAGGAUGGACUUACUGCUCAAAGCUCUUGAGCAAAUGACAAGCAACACAAACUCUGACCUCAUUGUUGUUGCUAGGGAACUCAUUUAUAUUACUAGGGUCAGUGGCACAUUAUUGAAGUUGGUGAAGGAGACGUGGAUACUCCUCCUCAUCUAUGCUGCCAGCAAGAGCCGCGGUGAGCUCCACGCGCGUCGGUUGGACAACGGAUCGGAGCUCCUCACCUUCAUCUGGCUGCUCUUGGUUCAUCAUGGCCUCGGCAAUGUGGCAGAGUUUGGGUUAACACUAGGCCGCUAUGUCACAAGUGAAGCCCCGCCAAGCUUAUCUGAAAUUAUCGACAUCCCUUCUAUUCUACAUACUUAUGUGUUGGCGGAUGGCAUGAGGCCCUUCGACUAAAUCUGCCGAAACCCGUGGCGAAGGCUAUGAAGCAAGAACGGCACGAGGCGAAGAGUCGUACGAGUGCCUUGCCAGGUCAGAGGCGUCUUAGGCGAAGGGUGUAAGCCGAAGACUACCUGCCGAAGGAAGACGACUUCGCCAUGGCAAGUUCGCCCCCGCGAGGGCCGAGGAAGCCUUUCCGG